ACUACCCGCUCCGCAGGCUGAGCUGCGCAGCCACACACAGAAGCUCCGCACGUAGUAACAACACACCACCGUAACGUGCAAUGGCCAAGAAGCAGUGUUCACGGGCAUAGAUGGUAAACCUGUGUAGUCUUCGCCGAGGGAUUAUUAGUUGUUUUUUUGUUCCUGGAGGUGUGAUAUCGCAACCAUGGUGUGCUGUCAGACUCCCAGAAGUUUACGCAGAGGCGAAUGGGGCUUCGCUCCUCUGCUGGCUGCCGCGCUGCUCAGUCUUCUGUUCGCAGGGAUGCAACAAACCACAGCGUUUCCCUCCUGGAGGUUAGAGGAAGAAGCUUACACCACUGUGUUGCUCAUCGGGAUCCGCAAAGAGGCCCGGUCACAAGUGCUACACCUCUCCAGGAACAAGCGCUACACCCUCACCCCAGAGCAGCUCAAAUGGGACAAGUUCAAGCUAACAUACAAGUUGGUCUCCUUCCCUACAAACUUGAUAAAUGCCAGCGACACACGGCGAGGCAUCGCCAAGGCCUUUGGCAUGUGGAGUGAUGUCUCGCCGUUCAGCUUCAGAGAGGUGCCAGCUGACCAAGAAGCAGACAUGAAGAUCGGCUUCUACCCAGCCAACCACACAGACUGUCUGCAGUCCUACUUGCACCAUUGUUUCGAUGGCAUCACAGGAGAAUUGGCUCAUGCAUUCUUCCCGCCAACUGGCGAGAUCCACUUCGACGACCACGAAUACUGGAUUCUGGGAAACAUGCGCUUUAGCUGGAAGAAAGGGGUUUGGCUGACGGAUCUUGUCCAUGUGGCAACUCAUGAAAUUGGACACGUCCUGGGACUCAUGCACUCCAUGGACCCGAAAGCUAUAAUGCACUUGAAUGCAACAUUGACAGGGCGUAAGCUAAUCACACAGGAUGAAGUGUGGGGUUUGCACCGUCUCUAUGGAUGUUUGGACCGGUUAUUCAUCUGUCCAGCCUGGGCUCGGAAAGGCUAUUGCGACAGCAAGCGUAAGCUGAUGCAGAAGCACUGCCCCUCCAGCUGUGAUUUCUGUUACGAAUUUCCUUUCCCCACUGUGGCUCCCACCCCGACACCCCCGAGGACCAAACACAAGCUGGUCGUCGAGGGCAAGAAGCUGACGUUUCGUUGCGGGAAGAAAAUAGCAUCGAAGAAAGGCAAAGUAUACUGGUACAAGGACGGGGAGCUGCUGGAGUACUCUCACCCCAACUACAUCUCCUUGAAAGACGACCACAUCACUAUAGUGGCCAAUGCCAUCAACGAAGGCUUAUACACCUGCAUCGUGAAGAAAAAAGAAAAAGUUCUCACAAACUACUCAUGGAGAGUGCGUGUGCGCUUCUGAAAGCUUCGGCACACUGAACAGGAGACGUUCACUCACAUGGUCACAAGGAGACCUCAUCACUAGGGCACAUAUUUCUGUUUUUUUUUUUGUCUUUCCUGUAUCUUUCACAUACAACUGUCUAUUCUUGUCAUUGUGUAAAUGCGUUUUAAUAAAUGUUCCGUGACAAGUAGAACUCCAGUGAAAAUACCACCUGACUGUGAAAAGAAGUUUAUGACAGAGGUUGUGGUUUCCAUUUUAUUUGGUGAUGAAAGAUCCUUGCAGCGCUCGUCAGCUGUUCAGGACAAUAUCGUCUAUUCAAGGUUCAUCCAGCCUGGAUUUCUUCAAGACUCUUGCUGCUAAGGCAGGAAUGGUCCAAGGCCAUCCAGGGGUUUUUGGGGGUGCUAGUAUUAGCUAAAUUGGAGAAUGUAUAGGAGUAUCACAGUAUAAUCCACUACAGGUCCCUGAGAAAAUAUUGCAUCCAAAGAAACAUCAAUGUCCCUGAUGCAUUUUUGAUUAGGGGGUUGAAAAAGUGACAUAAGCUCUUGCUUAGAUGCAUGCCAUUUUAACAAUUUACACACUGACCAAACUAAACUACAAAAGCCAGAAUAAGCAAUGUUGUCUACAGCCUUUGGAACUAUUUGGACCUUAAACCACAUAUGGAACACCUCAGACGUCUAGCUUACUUUACUAGCCUCACAUUGAAGCCAGCAGCCUGCCUCCAGAGACAGAGCAGUCAGUUCCACCAGCAGCUCUCCUUCCAAGCUUAUUCAACACAUCAGGUGUAAUAAUCUGCAGAGGGGCUCCGGUGGGGGCGGGGGGAGAUAGAUAAAACUGAUUAAUGAACAUUUCCAUUUAGUGCUGGCUCAAGACGUCCCAAGAUGAGGGUUUUUUUUCUGUGCCUGUUC